AUGCCUCGAAGCGGCUACGACAUGGGCAACCACUCGAGCGAGAGCGGCAAGCGCAGCGCCGGGCCUGCGCCGUCGUCGAGCUCCCAGAAGCACAAGCAGUCGAGCGGUGGGAAAAACGGUGGCAAGAGCGACGGCUCCAGGUCCAAGGGCCAUGGUAUCACUUUGGCCGGCGGUGGACCAAGACGGCCUUACUGCUACUUCCUCUUGAUGGACAAUGUUUGA